CAUGCCACUAUCGCUAUCAUAUACACUACCUGACCAUCCCAAACCAGGAGACGAAGACCUGCUCAAGGGGGUUCAAGAGUUGAAUUGUGGCAAUUACUUAAAAGCACUCCAAUAUUUUGAGACUGCAUCCUUAUAUGAACAUGAGUAUGGCACAAUUAUUUUAGCCUGCAUUUAUUACAUGGGACUCAGUGAUAAAAGAGAUCCAGUUAAAGCUUUUCAGCUCUUUGAAAAAGCAGCAAAGCGGUGGCAUAAUUGUACUGCUCAAUUUUUUACCGGGCUCAUGUUGUAUAAAGGCGAUGGUGUGGAGAAAAGCUUUAAACACGCAAUAAAAUGGUUAAUAUAUGCAUCCAAACGCUACGAAGCACGGUCCUUUGUUGGCGCCAUAUUUGAAGAAGGGGGAUUCGGAGUAACGCAAAACGUUGGCAAGGCUAUCCUUUGGUAUGAAAAGGUGAUUGUUGAGAUGGAGCAAAAACGCGGUGAAACGGUAUUGAAUUUAUUCAAAGACAACAAUGCCAUUACAAUAGCAAACUGGGAGCAGGCCGCUGAUUUCACAUCAAAAACAAGAUGCUUGAACAUUCAACCUUUUUCUGUAGCAGACAUUGCAAGAUACUACAACAAUUAUGACAAGAGAUUUAUCAGGGAAAUGUUGAGAGACUCUUUCUGGUACUUGAUGGCGAGUCCUGAAAAAAAUGUCAGCUUUUCUCAAUUUAACUUUGCAAUGCUUUUACAAUCAAGAACUUAUGAUUUACUUUGUAAAAAUGCGUAUGAUAAUGGUGGUAUGGAAGCAAAAGUCCUAUUUUGUAAAGCAAAUGAUGUUAUCUUUGAUGCCGCAAACAAUGGUCACAUGAUAGCCCAAUGCAUUGCCGGAAAGCAUGCUGUUAUUCACAAUAAAUACGAGGAAGCGUUCGACUGGUACACCAAAUCCAAGGAAAAAGGUUUUAUUGAAGCUCACUAUGAGUUAGCACUGCUUUACUUUAGGGGAUUAGGUACACGCAAGGAUUAUGAAAAGUCUCUUACAAAUUUGUCUUUGAUACUGAAAUAUGGUUCGCUCUACCGACACGGAACUGUGUAUUUUCUAAUGGGAAAAAUAUACCAGGUCGGUGGAUUUGGCAUUAAGCAAGACAUUGGAAAUGCAGUAAAGUACUAUAAAAAAUCUGUGGAAUCAGGCCAAGGUGUAUCGGCUGCGGCAAUCGGAGACAUCUACGUACAAAACAUUGGAAUCGAUCAGGACUUAAAAAAGGCUUUCGAAUGGUAUUCAAUUGCUGCCUCAAUGAAUUCCAACGCUGGUAAAAAUUCACUCGGACGAAUGUACCUCCACGGUCACCACGUAGAUCAAGAUCUUAAUCAAGCCCUAACAUUAUUUAAUGAGGCAUAUGAAGGGGGAUAUCAAGAUGCUAAAAAGAUGAUUGACUUUAUUGAGCUCGUCAAAAUAACCGAAAUAGCACAAAGCACAUUUAAUAGGAGAUGCAGUUUUUAAUUGUAAGGUUUCGUCGCGUAUUUCGUUUAAACAACUCAGCACUUUGAUUGCAUUAAGUUGAAAUAUUUAACUAUUUAAACGAUUUCCUCUCAAUAAAACCUACUUUAAAAGGAGGACGAAGGUAGAUUAUAUAUACAGAUAAAUUUAAUAGAUCAUGUAAAUCAGAGAUGGAGGUAAUUAUAGUUUAAUAAUGUUGAAG